GUUCUUGACCUAGAGAGAUGGUCACUAGCCGAAGAGAGACUGCUGAGCUCAUUGCAUGCAUACAGCCGAAUCAGUUUUCUGAGCAGCAUAGAAAUGCUGUUGCAAAUUAUGUUCAGAACCUCAUUAUGAAGUGCUUCCCUUGUCAGGUGUUCACCUUUGGCUCUGUACCUCUAAAAACUUACCUGCCAGAUGGGGAUAUUGAUUUAACAGCAUUCACUGAGAAUCAAAGUUUGAAAGACAGUUGGGUCAAAGAGGUACUAAAUAUUUUAGAGAGUGAAGAGAAGAAUGAAAAUGCUGAAUUCCAUGUGAAAGAGGUCCACUACAUCCAAGCCGAGGUGAAAAUAAUAAAGUGUCUGGUAGAAAAUAUUGUUGUGGACAUAUCGUUCAACCAGCUUGGUGGUCUAUGCACUCUUUGCUUCCUUGAGGAGGUUGACAAUCUGAUAAGUAAAAAUCAUCUAUUCAAGCGUAGCAUUAUCUUGAUUAAAGCAUGGUGUUAUUAUGAGAGUCGUAUCUUGGGUGCUCAUCAUGGCCUUAUUUCAACUUAUGCACUGGAGACUUUGGUCUUGUACAUAUUUCAUGUUUUCAACAAUUCCUUUGCUGGACCACUUGAGGUACUUCAUCGUUUUUUAGAAUUUUUCAGUAAAUUUGAUUGGGAUAACUUUUGUGUAAGUCUCUCGGGCCCAGUGCCCAUUAGUUCCCUUCCUGAUAUGACUGCUGACUCUCCAAGAAAGGAUGACGGAGAGAUACUACUUAGCAAAAUGUUUCUUGAUGCAUGUAGUUCUGUUUAUUCUGUUUUGCCCGGUGGCCAAGAAAAUAUGGAACAGUCAUUCAUUUGUAAACAUUUCAAUGUCAUUGAUCCCUUGCGUACAAACAAUAAUCUCGGUCGCAGUGUCAGUAAAGGUAACUUCUAUAGGAUUCGUAGUGCUUUUGCUUUUGGAGCCCGUCGGCUGGCAAAGUUACUUGAUUGCCCAAAAGAAAAUUUAAUUGCUGAAAUCAACCAGUUUUUCAUGAACACAUUGGACCGACAUGGAAAUGGUCAUCGUCCUGAUGUUCCUGAUAUCUAUAAUAUGCAGUUGGUGUAUUUUGAUGAGCCUGAUGGGUCUGAAAGUUUUAGAAACCACUUGAGCAAUAAACACGGGAAAGAAAAUUCUAAUUGUCUUGAAUCUGUGGUGGAGGUGACUCGAGUAUCUCACAGAUCAAAUGUUUCUCCAUUCCUGCAUGAUGAUGCCUCCUUUAAACAGCUGUCUAGGCCGGAUCAUGUCUAUGGCGUUUCUCAUACUGAGACUCAAAGACUAAUGCUGGCUUAAAUGGUUCCAUCACCGCUGAUAAGAGGCAGCAGAAGUUACAGAAUGAUUCUAAUGGGACUGGAAAUACCCAUAAAGGUAAAGGUUCUAGACCAGGCUUCUCAAGGAAUGAACAACAUGCCAUAUUUCAUCUUGCAAGGACACAGUCUAGUCCAGACCUGUCAUUAAAUGAAGCUCCAUAUAAAGGAAGGCAUGGAUAGGGUUGUCACUCCAGGAAUCUCAGAUAACAGCAGGAGAAGGGAUAGGGGCCCUGAACUUUUGGACAAUCAUGGUACAAGAUUUUCAACUAAAAACUCACCAUCAUCAUUGUCAGGUGCUAGUGUUAAUUACCAUCAUUCUGUUGCAGAGACCAUGCAAAUGCAUCAGGAAGAGCAAGAUUUGGUCAACAUGAAAGCUUUCAGGAGCUAUAAUUCAACUGGGCAGGUUCCGGUGUCUGUGAAUGUAACUUCUGUUCUUCCAUGUCAUUCAAAUCCACUUUCUGUAUCAGUUGGAUAUACUCAGAAAAACCUUGCUGCUAUGAUGCCCGCAGACAUUCUUUCUUUUGAGUCCAAUUGGGACCGAAAUAUGCAUUAUUCUCAAGGUUUAAUGCAUCUGCCAGUAUGCCAAUAUCUUCCAAGCGUUGGGGUAGCCUCAGAUCAAGAAGAAAUGGAUGGGCUGGUUGAUGGUAGUUUGUUAUCAACGGAGCCGAAUCAAGUGGGUGGUCAUAAUGGCUUCUGGUCUGCACAGAGUGUGAUGUCUGUGAGAAGUGGUGAGUGUAGUAGUAAACCUCUCCAAGCUCAAUCUUUGGAGGACAGACAGCAGUUCGCUUCAGCAAAUUCUAACCUUUCGCAAUCAUCUCAGGUAAGCGGCUCUAAUCAUUUUACACUGAAAAGUCAUGAAGUGAUUCCUGAAGAGAGAGGAUUCACUGGGGAAUAUUAUGGCGAACAGUCACAGUUUCAAAGUAUUGGAGAAAAUGACUUAUAUUCUACAUCCAAGUCAAGGAGCACAUCCACCUCAGAGUCUACUUCCUCAAGAAACGAAUUGUCUUCUGAAAAUUACUGGGAUGGAUCACCUUUGGGAAUGUCCAAGCCAGUAGCAGAUGACCACAUAAGAGAUUGGAUUCCACUUUCAACAGUGGAUACUGAUGUGGAUGAAAGGUUAAUUUCUGAAGCUACUACUCCACAUUUUCAGACUCACCCUACACAUGUUUAUAAAUCAGCACUAAUGAGGGGAUCAAAUUCAAUUUUCCCAGUUGCUCCAGUGCUUGUAGGUUCUGAAUCAUGGCAGAGAACUGUUGGUAACCAUGGGAUUUUACCAUUUGCAUUUUGUCCCGCUGGGCUACCAGUCACUUUUGUAACCAUGCUUCCUGCAUACAAUCUAACUGAGAUAGAAGCUUCAAGUAAUCAUUCUGAAAGGGGAGGUGAGUUUAAGAAUCAGCAAAAUGGACUACUGGAUCAUUUGAAUUCAGUCAAAAAUCUUGAUCAUCCAGAAGCUCUUAAUACUGGUACAACUAUUCAGAAUGUUGCAACUACGGAGGGCUUUGGCAAUUUCAAGACUGACAUGCUAAAUAGUGAUUUUGCCAACCAUUGGCAGAAUUUACAGUAUGGGCGUUUUUGCCAGAAUGCUCAACAACAGUGGCCCUCACUUUAUCCGUCUUUUUUUGGACAACCUGUCUACUUACAGGGAUAUUUUCCUGGGGAUCGUCCUGAAAGACCUAGGAA